AUGGGACCCGUGGUUUCAACCAGCACUGAAGGGGACGCAUACAAAGCAGACCCAGCUGUAGCUCUGCGCAGUAAAAUCUUUUUGAAUUUUGUCUUUUCUCUUUCCCCCCUUUUUGUCUUAACCCCAGGUCCGCUCACAAAAAAACACGAUGAGUCUUCGAUGAACAGACCGAGGGACGAAGAUAUAAGAGAUCGUCGGAAGAAGCCUGUGAUGUUGUUUAUCCAUGGUGGUUCAUACAUGGAGGGAACGGGAAACUUGUUUGAUGCAAGCGUUCUUGCUGCCUAUGGAAACGUGAUUGUCGUCACUAUGAACUACAGGUUGGGUGUUCUGGGUUUUCUGAGCACUGGAGAUCAGUCAGCGAAGGGGAAUUAUGGGCUACUGGACCAGAUUCAGGCUCUGCGAUGGCUCAACGAGAACAUCGGACACUUCGGAGGAGACCCAGAGAGAAUCACCAUAUUUGGCUCUGGGGCCGGAGCCUCAUGCGUCAAUCUUCUCAUCCUGUCCCAUCAUUCUGAAGGUUUGUUCCAGAGGGCCAUUGCUCAGAGUGGCUCCGCCAUAUCCAGCUGGUCAGUGAACUACCGGCCCCUGAUGUACACCAAGAUCCUGGCCAAGAAGGUGGGUUGUAGCUACAGCGACACUGCAGAUCUGGUGGACUGUCUGCGAAGGAAGAGCUUCAGGGAGCUGGUGGAUCAGGAUAUCCAACCUGCCCGCUACCACAUUGCAUUCGGACCGGUGGUGGACGGUGAUGUGGUCCCCGAUGACCCUGAGAUCCUCAUGCAGCAGGGGGAGUUCCUGAACUACGACAUCUUGUUGGGGGUGAACCAGGGUGAAGGGCUGAAAUUUGUAGAUGACAGUGAGGGUGAGGAUGGUAUUUCAGCUGCUUCCUUCGACUACACCAUAUCAAAUUUUGUGGACAACCUCUACGGAUACCCAGAUGGUAAAGACAUACUGCGGGAGACCAUAAAGUUCAUGUACACAGAUUGGGCUGACCGCGAUAACAGUGACAUGCGGCGUAAAACACUACUUGCACUUUUUACCGACCACCAGUGGGUGGCGCCAGCAGUUGCCACAGCCAAGCUGCAUGCGGAGUUCCAGUCCCCUGUUUAUUUUUAUACCUUCCACCACCACUGCCAGACGGAAGCACGACCCGAGUGGGCAGACGCAGCACAUGGUGACGAGAUCCCAUAUGUGUUUGGUGUUCCCAUGGUGGGUGCCACAGAUCUAUUUCCCUGCAACUUUUCCAAGAACGAUGUCAUGCUCAGCGCUGUGGUGAUGACAUACUGGACCAACUUCGCCAAGACGGGUGAUCCGAACAUUCCAGUACCGCAGGAUACCAAGUUCAUCCAUACUAAGCCCAAUCGCUUCGAGGAAGUUAUCUGGACCAAAUUCAGCUCUAAAGACAAGCAGUACCUCCACAUCGGGUUGAAGCCUCGCAUCCGGGAUAAUUACCGUGCCAACAAAGUUGCUUUCUGGCUUGAGCUGGUUCCUCACCUCCACACCCUUCAUGAGGAGAUCAUCAGCUCCAUAACCACGCGACUGCCACCCGGCAGCCCGCACCGGCCCGGUUGGAAGGGCACGGCCCAGAGCCCUGGCACACGCUCUACUCGCCACCCCACGGUCUCAACCUACCCACCCGACCCGGACCUCGAAGGGUCUGAACACCCUCCUGAACGCUUCCCAUUCCCAAGUGACACACGGGACUAUUCGACGGAGCUGAGCGUGACAGUAGCAGUGGGUGCGUCGCUGCUCUUCCUCAACGUGCUGGCGUUUGCCGCGUUGUACUAUAAACGCGACAAGCGGCACGAGCUGCUGCAGCGCCGCCAUCGGCGCCUCUCACCUCAACGUGGGACGGGGCCGGGCAUUGGCAUUGUGGGGGCUCCACCCCAUAACGACCUGGCAUUGAGCCAGGAGGAGGAGCUAAUGUCCUUGCAGAUGAAGCAACAAAGGGUGGAACUCGACCACGGCACGCCUCUUCCAUCGCGUGGUCUCCAUGGCGACCUCGAGCCUCUAAGACCACCUGUGUGCCCGCCGGACUACACUCUGGCGCUACGGCGGGCACCUGAGGACGUGCCACUUAUGACGGCUAACGCCCUUUCUAUGAUCCCCAGCACCAUCUCUGGCAUGCAGCCCCUCCAUGCCUUCAACACUUAUCCCCCUGCGCCUGCACCAAGUGCUGGGCAUAGCAACAACGCCCUGCCCCACCAGCACUCCACCACACGAGUAUAGUAACCCCUCUAAGGGGACCAGGCCCCCCAAACACAUAGGGACACAGACCUCCAGUACUAAGAGUGGUGCUCUACACGGAUACUGUUCGACACACCACUCCUGUCCUUUUUAAGUCCACUCCCAGCACACUCUCUUUCUCUCUCGUUCUUUCUUGUUUUACUCUUCCUGCUCCUCUCAUUCUUGGAGAAGAUUUUGGGUGGAGAAAUGUUGGCCAUUUUCCCUACUCAAUACAGCAGCUAUCCCCUCCCAUUUAGUUUUUUCUCCUAUUUUUUCCCCCCUCAUUGCCACCUUUCCCUUUUUCUUUCUUGUCUUCUCCCCAACAGUCUUUUGCUCUGCUGUAGCCGUUUCUAGUCCCCCAAAAAGAACUGUUUUUCCUACUUCGGACUGUUUUAUAAAUCAAGAAAACAUACAUGUAAAAUAUGUAUUAUUGAUAACCUUAUAAGGCUAUGAAUGAAAAAAUAUUCUACUAUCUAAUUUUUACCAGCAUUCUUGUGCCAAGUACUGUGAUCAUCAUCCAAUCAGACGCAGUCUAGUGGACGGACGUGGAGAGAAUCACUUGAACUGGAUUUAUUCAAGGAAUUUGCAGAAUUGAGAAAAAAAGUGCCAAAUUUGUUUUUCUUUUCUUUGGUCUCUCUCUCUCAUUUUUGCUUUUUGUUUUGCACUGUCACUGUUAUUUGCCUAUGGAGAGAAAUUAACAACACUACAAAUAUCUAUAUAAAAAGAUAUAGAUUAAUUACAUUUAUAUCUUGAUUGCGCUUUGAGAAAAUUGCAUGAUUUAUUUUUAAAGAGGAAAAUGGACAUUCGAGAUUCAAGACUCUUCUUUUUAUUGUCUUUUUCUGCAGCAGUCUUCUCUCUCUUGCU